CAAGGGCAUUCGUUCGCAUGAUGAUGAUUAUUUAAUCUUAUCGUUCAAGUUCAUGGCCGGCAUGCACAAGAAUGAAGAACCCGACAAAGUCGAGAAAAAGGAAAUCGCGAGGAUAAUUCUUGCAAUCAUGCUGAACUGUUCUAUUGAUAGGAUUGGAGAUAUAUAUUGGUGCUAGGGUAGGGUGGCAAUGAUGGCCCAAAUAGAUUCAUUCCGUAGGUCGAGGCAGCCUGGUGAUCAUUGCGGUGGACCUGUUUAUAAAUUGACAAACAUGCAUGAAAAUCAGGAAUACCGUGGGUCCAAACGGGUCCGCAUGCCGUGGAAAUGUGCUCCGAUGCUCCAAUGUCGGGCGCGAAGAGGAUCGCCAAUUCGCCAAUUCGCCAAUUCGCCAUGGUACGAUCGGGUUCCGAGGGCUCGCCGCUCCACGAGAGGGGCAGUGUCGUCGGCCAUGGUAGGUGUGCCGACCACCACUCUGAAAGCUCGCCAACGACGUGAUUCGCCUUUCCCAGGGCCCCCGCGGCUGCCCCACCUCGUCAACAGAUCGAAGUGCGAUGUAACAAAGAACAAAGAACAAAGAACAAAUCCGAAAUCCCGAUUCCACCAUCAUCAGAAUAGACUCGAGAUUCUACUCACGAAGCAUGAAGCCGAAUGGUCCCGGGCGGGUCCAAAGCGGAGGCAUACGCUACGCCCGCACGCGUACGCGAUCGCGACGGUACUGCGCGGCUCGGUGGAGAAUUAGGGGAAAUCUCGGGACCAUCGUCCAUCGUUAUUUAUAGAGCGAGGAACGAAAUCCGCGGGACUUCGAGGUGUUCGUGUCUGGACGGCAUAACUUCCCUAUGUAAGACACGACCA